AUGGAUAAUAAAUAUGCAACUAUUCUAUUUAUCUUUCUAGAAAUAUUUACAAAAGUAGCCUCAUAAGUAUCUAUCAUUUAAAAAGAUUUCCCUAGCUAACAAAGUUGUUUAAGUGGUACAAAUGGUACUUGGUAUUCAUUAGAUGAUGGAUAGGCUAUAACAAAUUGCAAUACUAGCUGCUAUUUAAAUGGUGAUCCAACCUCUCAAUUUGGUUUAGUAAUCGACACUAGGUUAACAGUGAGCGGAAAUAUAGUAUAUAGCUAUAAUAUUGGAAGUUUUAUUUAAUAUGCAGUAGUUGGAGUCGAUAUUUUAUAUUAUAUAGAUAAUGGAGCCUAUUUAAAAAUAGAUAUAAAUUCAUAGGUUUCUUAGACAUUUAACCCAGGUUCUUAGUCUUUGUACGAUGAUGUAAAUACUUUAGUAUGUAAUGGCAAAUAAUAAUAUAUUUAAAAGGCCUCUAUAAGUCUAAAUAGAGGUUAGAAUCAACUUACAAAUAAUAAUUUAAUUAUUACAUUCUCUAAAAUUAUUACUAGUAAUCCUAAUACAUCUAUUUUAGGAAUAAAGUCGAUUUCUAUUUGGUUGAGCUGCUCAAUAAACUGCAAAAUAUGUACAAAUUAAUUAAAUUGUUAGUCUUGCAAAAAUGACUUCAAGCUCUCAACUCUACCUUCUGGAUAAAUAGUAUGCUAGCAAACUUAAGGAUGCUCUAAUAACUGUUAUUUAUGUGCUGUAAGCUAAUCUGAAAAUAUUUGUGUUUAAUGCAAACCAGGUUAUUAACUCUCUAAUAAUACUUGUGUUUUAUCUUCAAAUCUUUUCAUUUGUGGAUAAGAUUAGUAUUUCGACUAUCCAUAUUGCUAACCUUACAGCUUUAAUUGCGCUCUAUAUGAUUCUGCUUCCUAGACUUAUGGUAAUUGUUCUGGAUAGGAAAAUUUAUCUCAGUAUAAGUGUCCUUAUUAUUAAUUUGUAUUAAUUUAUCCAGAUAAUAACCAUUCUUCAUAUAGAUGUGGCUGCAUGACAAGUAACUGUUUUGAUUGCUAUCCUUAUGGAUUUUGUAAUUCGUGUGAAUUUGGAUACAGCUUAUCACCAACAAAUACUUGUGGUUCUGUGUGUAAUAGUAAUUAAUAUUUAAAUAGCAAUUCAAUUUGUACUGGUUGUGGUUAAAAUUGCAUAAAAUGCAAUUAAAAUGGUUGCUUAUAAUGCGCUAAUUCUUCAUAUUACAUAGACCCUAUUAAUUAAUAAAAUUGUCUUUAAUGCUAGAUAGCUAACUGUAGUAUCUGCUCUUCUAAUGGUAAGUGCUCUAUUUGUAAUUCUGGUUAUUAAUUAAGCUAAGAUUUCUUAUCUUGCUAAUUACCAUGUACUUCACCAAAUUGCGCAACUUGUUUACAAGGAAGUUCAACUAAUUGCUAAACCUGCAUUUCUUAAUAUGUCGUAAAUCCAAGCACUAACCAAUGCAUAUCUAUAAAUUCUUGUAUAGUUGCAAAUUGCUAGGCAUGUGUUUCUCAAAAUCCCCUUGCUUGCAGUACAUGUUCUCCUAAUUUAUCCCUAAAUUCAAAUUAGAGUUAAUGUCUUCCUUGUAGUGUAGCUAAUUGUUCUUAAUGUCUUUCUAGUAACUAUUAAUAAUGCCAAAAAUGUGUUACUGGGUACUAUCUUAGUGCAGAUUAAUCCUAAUGUAAUUUAUGUGCUGUAAAUAAUUGCGCUACUUGCUAAGAUAAUAAUUAUUUACUUUGUAAAACUUGUUAAAGUAAUUAUUAUAUUUCUGUUGAUUAAAAAUCAUGUGUUGCAUGCGCAGUUUCUAAUUGUAAUUUAUGUGGAACGAAUUUAUAUGAAUGCCAAUCUUGCAAUAAUAAUUUUUAUUUAACAGCUAAUAAAUCUUAAUGCCUACCAUGCUAAGUAAAUAAUUGUUAGCAAUGUAUAGGAUCAUAUGAUAAAUGCUAAGUUUGUUAGAAUAACUAUUUUCUAAAAGCAGAUUAGUCUUAAUGCCUACCUUGUUCAGUAAAUAAUUGUUAAUAAUGUAUAGGAUCAUACAGUAAAUGCUAAAGCUGUUAAAAUAAUUUUUAUUUAACAGCAGACCAAUCCUAAUGUCUACCAUGCUAAGUAAAUAAUUGUUAGCAAUGCUUAGGAUCAUAUAAUAAAUGCUAAAACUGUUAGAAUAACUUUUAUUUAACAGCAGAUUAGUUAUAGUGCUUAACUUGCUAAGUGAAUAAUUGCUAACAAUGCGAUGGAGCAUACAAUAGAUGCUUGAAAUGUUUUAAUAACUUUUUACCUAAUAGUGAUAACACUGAUUGCCAAAUAUGCCAAGUUAAAAAUUGCUAACAAUGCUCAAGUUAUAAUUAUAAUAUUUGCUAAUAAUGCUAAUAAAAUUACUAUUUAAAUUCUUCACAAACUUAAUGCUAACCUUGUGGUGUUUAGAACUGUAAAUAAUGUUUGGCGAAUAAUUAUCAAGCAUGCUAAAUAUGCAAUAAUGGAUAUCAAAUUUCAUCAGAUUAAUUACAGUGCACUUUAAUAAUUAUCCCAACUCCUUAAUAAAAUUCAUUUUAAAUAAAAUAAUAAUUGCUAGAUAAUGGAUACAAUAUAACUUUAAAUUUUUAAUAUCAACUCCAAUAAAAUAGCCUUGCAUAGUCUUAAUUAUUAAGUAUAUUCAGCAUUUCUAUUUCUGGUUUUACUUAGAAUCAAUAUACCAUGACUUUAUAAUAAUAAUCUAAUUCUACUAUAAUCAUUUUAAUUAAUCCGUCAAUUAACAUAAAAAACUCUAAAAUAAAUGUAACAAUUAUUGACAAAAGUUUUAGCUAUUAAAAUUCUAUUUCUGUUGUUACACAAACAUAAGAUCUUAUUCCCUAUGUAUAUUUGUCUUAAUCUCAAGUUUAGGCUGCUUAAUAAAUAGCUAGUGUAGGAUAAGGAAUAUCCACAUCUUUGAUAUCAUCUAUUGUACCUUCUGUGUUUUUUGGAAAUUUUUAUAUCGUCUGUAACACCCUCGAUAUUACCGGUUUCUUAUACUAUCUUAUGUUUUUAAAUAUUAGAUUCCCUUUAAAUAUAAUGAAAUUUUAUGAGCUGUUUAAAAACUUUAAUUUCCCGUUUGUGCCUAAUCUUUUCUCUUUUAUUGUAGAUCCUAACUAUUAUUAAGAGUCACCACCCAAAUUUAUGGAAAUGAACACUGAUAAUUAUUUUUUGAAUAACUCUGGUUAAUACUUUACAAUUUACUUAGCAGGUUUCGGAUUGUAUCUUUUAGCUAAAAUAUUUGCGAAAACUUCUAUCAAAUAUAUCAAUUCUUAUUGUCAAAGAGCUAUUAAAGAAACUUGGGAAUAUGGAGCAAUUAUUGAUUUGAGUUGGUCAUUCUACAUAUACUUAGUUGUAGGAAUACUUAUUUAAUUUAAGACCUACAACUUUGAUGACAAAAACUCAUAUGUAGUAAACUACACAUUCCACUCUCUUUGCUUUAUUAUAUUUUUUGGCAUCCCUUUUUUAUAUCUUUAUAAGAUAUAUAAGAAUUAAAAUAUAAGUAUUGAUAAGGAUUUUCAGACAAAAUAUUCUUCUCUUAUAAAUGGAUUGAAACUCCCAGAAAUUUCAAGUUACGACAAGCCUUUGAAAGAAAAUGAAGUAGUCGAUUUAUAAAAUGAUGAUUUUUAAACAAAAUCUGUUAAAAAUGAAAACUAGUUUGAAGUAAAAAACUUAGCUCAAAUAUUUAACUAAAAAAUAUCUGAGGUCCCUGAAGAAUUAUAAACUAUAGAAUUAAAUAAUGGUAAAAGAUACUAUACACGCAAUCAAACACUAAGGAGAAAAAGAACUAGAUUUACCGCAAUAUCUCCCUCACUUUCGGAAAUAAGAUUGAAAUCGUUUUCUAGCUCAUUAACUAAUUUAUUAGAAGGGAAAAAAACUAUAAGAGAGUAGUUAAUUUUCAAGUUUAGCAAGUAUUAUAAUGUGGUCUUAUACUUCAGAAAAAUUCUAUUUUGUAUGGUGAUAAGUUUUAUGUAUGACUAUACAUACAUAUAAAUUUCCUUUAUAUGCGUUCUCAACAUAUUUAUAAUAAUAUACUUAUCAGUAGUGACUCCUUUUAAAAGUAACUUCGAAAAUGUGUAAUUUAUUAUUUAGGAAGUUUUAAUGAUAGCCAUUUAAAUUUGUGCUUCAUUGUUAGUUAAGGAUAGUUAAGAUGAAAACGAAGAUACAAGAAUGAAAAUUGGAUGGAUAAUUGUUGCUAUUAGUGGAUUUUUAAUAGCAUACUUUACUAUUUUUAUUAUUAAAGAUCUCAUAGUAUCUAUUUAUCAAUUAGUUAAAUCACUAGUAAUGUACAUUAAAAAUAAAAAGAGUAAAUCUUAGGUAUAACCAGCUAUCUUAGAAUCCUCACCUGUAUAGCUUAACAAAAAUAUGGAUUAAAAUAUAGUUAAUAAUAACAAUCUAGAUAAGAACUUAGAUAAUAAAGAAGAAAUAUAAUCAAUUAGUAUUAUCUACCAAACUCCUAAUGUAUAAGGCGAGCAACAAAUUAAUUCUUAAAAAUAAAUAAAUUGGUAAAUAAAUAGAAGAAAAAGGAACUCUGUUUUUUCUUAAAGCAUUUACAAGAGUAGUCAUAGUUUAUAAUCUACACAGCCAAGUAGUAAAAACAUCUAAAAAGUUGAACAAUAAUAAUCUGAAACAAAUAUAUAUAACAUAAACUAAAACCUAGAUAGUACAAAUAGAAAAAGAAAGUCAAAAUAUUAUUUUGAUUCUUAGUAGAUCAUAUUUAAUCCUGAUACAGAAAGAAAAGAAUGA